AGAUGCUGCAACCACCCUCUGCCUCCGUCUCCUAUCCUCUCCCAUCCUCCAGUUAGCUGCGAUCGUAAUGGCCAACCGACGACCUUCUGUCCUCGACUCUCCGGUGCCGGGCACCAUGCUGGCCAACCGACGACCCUCGGUGUUCGACUCGCCCUCGUCGAGGCGUCAGUCGGGUCUGUCGUCUCGCCGCCCCUCAAUCGACCCGGCGAGGCUGGUCCCGAUGGACAAAGCUUUUGCUAUCAGUGGACAUGAAGAUUUCAAUGUCGUCUUCGUCGGCGCUGGCAAUAUCAUGUUCGGAUCGGAAGAAGGUCCCUGGAAUCACUCCUUCCGUUUCGAACACAAGCUGGGUCCGCGCUUGAAGGUCGUCGCAUUGAUCGAUCCUGCCGUCGAGCGUGCCACGGCAGUGUUGCAAAAGAAGUGCGACACCUUCGUGCGCUCCGCCUACGAGAACACGCGCGUCUUCCGCACGCUCGAGGACUUCGUGAAGAAUAUGUCGCGCAAGGACACUCCCCGCGCCGUGAUCGUGGGGAGUCCGCCGAUGUUCCGCGGCACCACUCAGCCUGGGCGCGACAUUGAGCUGCAGAUCCUGCGCCACUUCCCCGGCGUUGCGAUGUUCAUUGAGAAGCCCGUGGCCACUGGUCCGUCGAGCGAGAUCGAGGAGGUAUUCAAGGUUGCCAAGUUCAUUAGCGAAAGCGGCACCGUCUGCUCCAUCGGGUACAUGUUGCGGUAUCUGAAGGCAGUUCAGAUGAUGAAGCAGAUCAUCAACGACAACAACCUCACCGUCAUGGCCACGGUCGCCCGCUAUGCCUGUGCGUACGAGGCCAUCGCCAAGCCCGACUGGUGGGACAAGUCCAAGAGUGCUGGCCCUAUCGUUGAGCAGGGCACGCACUUCUGCGACCUUUCUCGCUACUUCGGAGGCGAGGUCGACAUGACCACGGUCAGCGCGCACUCUCUCGAAUGGGACGAGAACGCCGGCCACCUCUCGAAGAUGGCGGUCGAUGAGACCGCUAUUCCUCCCGAGAACAGGAUCCCGCGUGUCACUGCUGCUACAUGGAAGUACGACAGCGGUGCGGUGGGCAGCUUCACCCACCUUGUCGCACUCCAGGGUCACGAUUACAGCUGCGAGCUUGAAGUGUACGCAGAUGGCUACCAGCUGAAGCUCGUCAACCCGUAUGUGCAGCCGGUCCUUUGGAUUCGUAGGCCAGGCAGCGACCACGAGGAGUCCUACCGUUUCCCCGAUGAUGAUCCAUUCUUCUCUGAGAUCUCCGUGCUGAUCGACAACAUCGAGGACAUCGAGGAGGAACCGGAAACCGCGCAGAUCCUAAGCUCCUUCGAAGAUGCAUGCAAGACCUACCAGCUGACUUGGGCCAUUCGAGAGGCUACUGAGCGCAACCGUAAGAAUAAGAGAGAAACAACUGUCGUGGAGUAAGCGCAGAGC